AUGCCUCAGUUGCUGGGAAACAUCGAUGGGAUCAUCCAGGCCUUCAGCCGCUAUGCCAGGACUGAGGGUGAUUGUACCACAUUGACCCGCGGGGAGCUCAAAAAGCUCCUGGAGCAGGAGCUCACAGAUGUCAUUGUGAAACCUCAUGAUCCUGCUACAGUGGACCAAGUCUUCCGCCUACUGGAUGAAGAUUCCAAAGGGACUGUGGAUUUUAAGGAGUUCCUUGUGUUGGUGUUUAAAGUGGCACAAGCUUGCUACAAGACACUAAAUGAGAGUCCUGAAGGAGCUUGUGGAAGUCAAGAGCCAGGAAGUCAGAAUUCUGGAAGCACCCAGCAGAUGAGGGGUGAUCACAGCAGUCACACUGGAACAGGAAAAGUCGAGAGAGAACAAAACCGUACUAGGCAUGGAGGAGAAGAGCAGACAUUCCCAGGACAAAAUAGGAGCAAUCUGACCACUGGUACUCAGACUCAGAGGCAAGACUUCACUUCUGCUCAAGUCUGUGGCCAGGAUAGGAAGCCUGAAACCCAGGGACACGAGAGAGGGAGCCAACAGAUUGGAGACAAAACUGAUGGGGAGAGACAGACUCAGACAGGUACCACUCAGAUCAGAGAACAAGGCAGCACCCAUCAGACAGGGGAGACAGUGACUGGAGGUCAGUCUCAGAUUCACACUGGAACCACUCAGAUCAGGGAACAAGGCAGGGCCCAUCAGACAGCGGAGACCAUUACUGGAGGUCAGCCUCAGACUCACACUGGCACCACUCAGAUCAGGGAACAAGGCAGGACCCAUCAGGCAAGGGAGACAGUGACUGGAGGUCAGUCUCAGAUCCACGCUGGAACCACUCAGAUCAGGGAACAAGGCAGCACCCAUCAGACAGGGGAGACAGUGACUGGAGGUCAGUCUCAGAUUCACACUGGAACCACUCAGAUCAGGGAACAAGGCAGCACCCAUCAGACAGGGGAGACAGUGACUGGAGGAGGUCAGUCUCAGAUUCACACUGGAACCACUCAGAUCAGGGAACAAGGCAGCACCCAUCAGACAGGGGAGACAGUGACUGGAGGUCAGUCUCAGAUUCACACUGGAACCACUCAGAUCAGGGAACAAGGCAGCACCCAUCAGACAGGGGAGACCAUUACUGGAGGUCAGUCUCAGAUUCACACUGGAACCACUCAGAUCAGGGAACAAGGCAGCACCCAUCAGACAGGAGAGACAGUGACUGGAGGUCAGUCUCAGAUUCACACUGGAACCACUCAGAUCAGGGAACAAGGCAGCACCCAUCAGACAGGAGAGACAGUGACUGGAGGUCAGUCUCAGAUUCACACUGGAACCACUCAGAUCAGGGAACAAGGCAGCACCCAUCAGACAGGGGAGACAGUGACUGGAGGUCAGUCUCAGAUUCACACUGGAACCACUCAGAUCAGGGAACAAGGCGGCACCCAUCAAACAGCGGAGACCAUUACUGGAGGUCAGCCUCAGACUCACACUGGCACCACUCAGAUCAGGGAACAAGGCAGGACCCAUCAGGCAAGGGAGACAGUGACUGGAGGUCAGUCUCAGAUUCACACUGGAACCACUCAGAUCAGGGAACAAGGCAGCACCCAUCAAACAGCGGAGACCAUUACUGGAGGUCAGCCUCAGACUCACACUGGCACCACUCAGAUCAGGGAACAAGGCGGGACCCAUCAGGCAAGGGAGACAGUGACUGGAGGUCAGUCUCAGAUUCACACUGGAACCACUCAGAACAGGGAAGAAGGCAGGACCCAUCAGACAGGAGAGACAGUGACUGGAGGUCAGUCUCAGAUUCACACUGGAACCACUCAGAACAGGGAAGAAGGCAGGACCCAUCAGACAGGAGAGACAGUGACUGGAGGUCAGCCUCAGACUCACACUGGCACCACUCAGAUCAGGGAACAAGGCAGCACCCAUCAGACAGGAGAGACAGUGACUGGAGGUCAGUCUCAGAUUCACACUGGUACCACUCAGAUCAGGGAACAAGGCAGGACCCAUCAGGCAAGGGUGACAGUGACUAGAGGUCAGUCUCAGACAGGGAUCACUCAGACUGGGAAUACUGUCACCCAACAACGGGAAACUGGAUAUAGUCAGACUAGAGGCACAGAGACCCAAAGACAGGACAGGGGCCAGAUAACAAGAGAAACAGUGUUAGGGGGACAGACUCAGACUCAAACAGGGGAAUGGGCCCAGACCCAGACAGGAAGUAGUCAGGGAUGGGGCCAAGAAAGGAGCCAACAAACAAGAGAACCAGUGCUGGGGGACCAAGGUCACACCCAGAUGGAGAGCUCUUUGUCUGGGAGACAAGGCUGUAGUGGCAGCCAGAGAAGUUGCAGUGUGACAGGAGGGUUCCAGGACAGUGAUGACUGCCAGACCCAAGAACCCACUAUUGGGGGACAGGAGUGGAACAGACAUCAGACAAGGGAGACAGUAGUUCAACAGCAGGACCAGAGUAAUCUGCAGGCAAGAGAAUCAAAAAUUCAUGGUCAGGAGGCCACCCAGCUUGGAGGAGCAGGCCAGGCUCAGGGAGGAAAGCGAGGCCUCACUGCCCGGGGCCUUUACUCCUACUUCAAAGGUAACAAGCAAUGA